AUGUCUAAAGAAGCAACACCAGGCACUCUAGAUAAUGGAAAAUCACCAUCUGUUUCUGCUUCUGCUUCUACUUCAGUAACUCAAAUAUCGAGACCAUUCUUUACAUUGCAAGAAAUAUCGUAUUUACAUAGCCAAACUAUACCAUCAGCACUAAAACUACAAUAUGCCACUACUAAGCAACAGAUUUACCAAUUCCUAAACCAGGUUGUUAAAUUAUUGAAAUUCCCAAUACGAGUCUUGGCAACAACAAUGAACUACUACCAGCGAUUUUACUUGUUUAAUAAAUUUGAAGUUGCAACACUGGCGAUGCAAAUUGAAAAUUCACCAUACACGAUUGCCAUGACUUGUUUGUUCUUGGCCAGCAAAGUUGAAGAUUGUAUCAAGAAAUUAAAAGAUAUCCAACAAGUUUGUAAUAAAUUGAGAGAUAUUAAUGAAAAUACCUUGGUUGAAAGUAAUGGGUCGGGUUUUCCAUUUAUUGACUUACAACGCAAAAUAAUUUUGAGUACCGAGUUUAAAUUAUUGCAGAUCACUAAAUUUGAUUUCAAUCUAGGGAAUAAUCCAAGUUUUGCUAUUAAUGUUGAUGACUUACUUAUUCAAUUUUGCAAAAAUUUAGCCAUAAAUUACAAAAUAUCCAUGCUUAGUUGGUUGAUCAAUUAUGAUAUCAUCCAAACGCCUUUAAGUUUAGUGGUGCCGCCGCAUUGUAUUGCAUUGGCGAUUAUAAUCAUCAGUUUAAACUUAAACCCAGCGGAAAUGAAUUUGCAACAUCAUGAAAUUGGGGAGAAUGAUGAACAAGAAGUGGUCAAGAUUAAGAAAAUUUUAAGUGGAUUGGACUGUAGUGACUUUCAAUGCCCCGAAGUAUUGGUAAAUGAGGCCAUACUAUACAUUUUAGAUUAUUAUACUCACCAGUAUGAUAACAGUGUCUUGCAAAAUUAUUUACCGCCAAUUGAUCAAGUUACCGGAAAGAAUCAAAUUUUUAAGUUCCUAGAUUUGAAGCAGAAAUUUAAUGAUGUUGAGAUAUUGAAUGAAAGGAGUUGUAAUUUCAAAUUGAAUGAAAAAGAUGGAUACUUGAAAAAUUGGGAUUAUGGAAUAGCUACAAAAGGGUUGGUGAGAUUCAUGUUGAGUAACAAGAGAUCAAGAUUUAAUAAUGAACAAGAAACAAAAGAAAGUAUUGAACAAGAGGAGAAAAGACAAAGGAUCGCUGAAUAUGAAAAGCUUAGUCAAAGAGCCAGUGGCGAGUAA